AUGGGUGUCAACCAAGAUAGAAUAUCCUCUUUACCGGAUGAUUUAUUGUUCAGGAUUGUAUCCCUUUUGCCAUUCAAAAGGGCUGUGAAGUUGUCAAUUCUUUCAAGUAGAUGGCAAUUCAUCUCGCUAGGAACAAAUAAUUUGGAGUUCAAUGAGAGCGAUUUCGUGGCAAUCAAGCCAGAAACGGGAGAUGUUGCCGGGAGAAAUAAACAGCGGGAGGCUCUUCUUGCCUUUGUACUGGGUUGGACUACGAGAAGUUGUUCAGACAACACAGGUUCGACUAAAUUCUUGUUAAGCUUUGCUCAUCCUGAGGAACAUCUCCUCAUAAUUCACCAAUGCUUAAGUGAGAAUGAGGAUAUGGCGCCACACUUCAUAAGUCUGGAUUUUGAGCUAGAAGGCGAGUUUGAUGAAGAUUAUGGUGUCACCCUUCAUAGAUCACUAAAUGAUAUCUAUGAAGUUAACACUUUCACUCUAUCCACUUGCAUGCUUCAGAAAAUAAAACGCUCAGAGGGAAAAACAAAAUAUUCUUGCUCUUUCGAUAUACAAAUAGUUUUUCAUUGUGUUUUGAUUGUAAGAACAUCGCUCAUUCAAGAAGAAUUUUAUGGAAUCACAUUCUUUCUGAAUAGUUGUCCGAAUCUGGAAUUUCUCACAAUUGAUCUCAAUACUUCUAAACGAGUUUUGCCAGAAUACGAGCCCCCCCCCUUCCGUUUGGAUGAACAUCCAUUUCUCAAGGUUGUUACAACUUUUAAUCCGUUUCCUGCAGUGGUGCCUUAUUGUGUAAAGAAGAACCUAAAAAAAGUUGUGGUGGAAGGGUUUAAAGGGACAGAAACUGAACUUCUUGUAUUGAGAUAUCUUCUUAAAUAUGGUAGGGUUUUAGCUUCUUUGGAAGUAAAUCUAUCAAAUGAGCGAGCACCAGAUGGCACAAACAUGAAAGACAUCUAAAUUGAAAAUGCUGACAGGUUGUUGGAAUUUGAUAUCGCAAAUCAAAAACUUCAGUUUUUGUUGUCUCAUCCUGUUUAGAAUUUCGCAUCAACAUUAAACAAGUGUUGUUUUCAUCUCGAAUAAAGCUAGCUCUCUAUAUCUUUUUGCCCCCAUUCAUUGAGGUUUUUCACAUUUUAUAUGUGUGAGAUUUGUAUAGAGCGAAAGUAAGCACA